UCAGUCAUCGUUUGGUCCGGAUGCCGACCGGUCGUUCUUUCGUUCGUUCGUUCGCUCGCUCGCUCCUUGAUAGUCACUGUAUAACCGCGUGAAAGCUCUAAGCUGCCGUUUUGAGGAUCAGUAGACAGGACUCAGACAAGACACGGAGCCGCUGGUGCUAAUCCGAGUGUGUGUUAAGUUUAGUGGUUUAUCGCUUUCGCAGUGCAUGCGGAAUUAUUAUAAGUUGAUGCGAUUGAAGAUUUGUUGGUCAGUGUUAAAAGUAAAGGGCAAAGUGUGUAUAGUGAAAAAGAUCAGAUGGAAAAGAAGAUCGUUCUGAAAAUUGAAUGUGAUAACAUGAUUUCUUGAAUUGGGAUUAUAUAGUGUUUUUAGUAAAGUUUUCGUGAAAAUUAAACCCCAAAAAGCUAACUAACAUUAACAGCUAUUGCAACGCAAGCUUCAUGGAGGAAUCGCUAAGGACCACGACACUUUUUGAUUUGCCGAUUAGCCAGAAGAAGAGUUUAAAAAUAUAAUCAAAGUGCCAGAGCCCCACCGGAUGUGCCGUUGGCGGAAACCCGCCUAAAAAUGGGCGAACAUCGAGUGUGGGACACGUAACGUCCCUUUGAUCCCCUUCGUUGGCGUGUGUGGAGAGAUGAUUAGUGGUGUGCCAUAAAGUGUGGAAGCAAAAUAAAAAGCCACUCACUGGCUGACAACUGUUGCAAAGAGAAGAAAAAAAAGUUGUGAUUCCCAAAGAGCGCAAAAACUAGUUUCCACCUCGAGCUGGAAUAUCGAUGAACGCUUUAUAGUGAGCAUAGCAUUAAGGUGAAAUAUUUGCCAAAUAUCCCAACGAGUGCUGGCUAGGUCGACUAGCUCUCAGUGAACACCGAGUAUAUCAACUAACUACUGCUUCAGUUCAGUUACGUCAGUUGUGUCAACGUGAAAGUGAAUUCAGAUUCAAAAUAAAAACUGGAUACAACAUUACGGUGCUGCAGCAGUGAAGGGUUUGGGUGAUAGCAGUGAACUUUGAAUCGGGCCAAGGCUGCGGCAGACAGAUUCGCGUAUCCUUCUGGCCAGGCAGUGAUUCUACUUUCGGUUCGCGGCGAGAGAUACGUCUGUUUGUUUUCCUACAUAUGCGCUUAAAAUAUCUUCGGUUGUUUUCUUGGAAGAAGGAGAAACUGCCAUAAAUUCAGCAUCACCCAACCGGGCGUUGGACAAGCUCCAACAAAAAAAAAGCAAAAGUGGUGACUAGUAGAGAAGCCCGAUUAUCAUAAUGCGGUCAUUUGAUAACAACGGCAACGGUUUCUCGCAGGACUGUCAACCUCCAGCACCGGUUUGUGGCCGCUUAUGCUGCAGAAGUUCACCAUCGAAAGGCAGGUUUCCACAAGGCGAACUCACCGAGGCUGCCUUGGCCGGUGGCGAACUAUUGACUGGAACAGUUGCGAAGCUGCCAAAGUUUGGGCCAAAGUUGGGCAGUUUUUCGCAACCGAUUACACGCGCGGGUGAAGUCGGUGCAUAAAAUGACGAAGGACUGCAAGAAAAUCUAGCACGAUGCUCAACUGUAAGAAGAAAAUCAGUGUGAUUGCUCAUCAAUAAGGCUGUAAAGUGUGGUGGAGGAAGAGAAAUAUUGGAAACAGUUCAGAAUGUGAUACAAGUGGUACAAAAGGAAGCCGACCAUGCGAGUGUUACCCCUAUACAUAGCUAUAAUAAGUGUGAAUCCAUUUGUACGAAAAGUGUAGUGUGCUGAGUCUCAAUUAAAAAUCAAAUCAUGCUCAAGUCGAAACGUGCGUUGGUGCUAUCAGUGAUAUCAUUGCUCAGCUCGUGGAUUUGUUCAGUUCAAAGCGAAAACCGUACCUCAAGAAGCUACAAUAAUGCGGACAGCAGUCAUUACAAGUACAACCAUUCUUCAAUCUUCAAUAACAUCAGCAACAGCAGCAGUGGCAGCAAUGUCAUCGAGCAUAAUAAUCCCAUGGCGACAAACGACCUCCACAGAAAUCCUCCACUUUGGGAUUCAUCGAACGAAAAGACUGCCUACCAGUACGCAAUAAAUGACAACGAUUCCAACGAUGCGCCCACUAUUGCGUCCCAUCUUCAUUUUAGUUCCACAUUGUCAGCCGAACAUGGUUCCAUCGUUGAGAAAACAGUCUUCAAUGGAGGAACUUUCGAAGGUUCUCAUACACCAUAUCAUAAGAAGACUGUAGUGCGAUCUGCAUCCGAAGACAGCUAUCAUGAGCCACACAUCAAAUUCGCAAUUCUUCUGCCGGAACAUGGUCGAAGCAGAGACUCCAGGAUUCUGUCCACGGUGCGACCUGUCAUCGAAAUGGCCACCAACUUGGUCACCGGUCCGAAUGGUGUUCUGCACAACUUGAAAAUCGAAAUCGACUACCGUGACACGCAGUGCUCGUCGACAUAUGGAGCUCUUGGGGCGUUCGAUAUUCUACUAAAACGGAAACCAGACGUUUUCUUCGGUCCAAUCUGCGAUUACGUGAUUGCCCCAAUCGCGCGGUACAACGCAGUCUGGGGCAUUCCGAUACUGACCACCGGAGGCCUGGCGGAUGCUUUCACCAUCAAGUCCCCGAACUACCCAACGUUAACUCGGAUGAUGGGUAGCUACAGUGACCCGGGCUUAGCUCUGCGGGAAAUGUAUCGACACUUCAACUGGACCAUCCAGGCGUUCAUCUACCAUGACAACGACGAAAAGCGCGGAAUGGGCCAUUCGGACUGCUCGAUGGCCAUACUGUCCAUCUUUCGAGUUCUCAACACGACCGAGUACUUUUCGCACAGUUUCGACGAAACCGAAACGGAUUACAAGGGAUAUCUGCGGAUACUGGAGGAAACGAAGCGAAAGGCCAGAAUCGUGAUUAUGUGCGCCAGUCCGUCUACCAUCCGGGAAAUUAUGCUCGCAGCUGCCGAACUCAACAUGGUAGACAGUGGCGAAUAUGUAUUCUUUAAUAUCGACAUCUUUAGCAGUAUGGCCGCGACAAAGAUUCCAUCCUGGCACAUGGCAAACGAUACCGAAGAACGGAACCUGAAGGCCAAGAACGCGUACACUGCCAUGCUACAGGUGGUCGCCAGGCAACCGGAAGACGAAGAAUAUCGCCGAUUCUCGGAGGAGGUGAAGCUGCUUACCAAAACCAAGUUCAACUACACCUACGCGGAGGAUGAGCCGGUAUCGACGUUUGUGACUGCAUUCUACGACGCCGUGCUGCUCUACGCUUAUGCCCUCAACGACAGUAUUGGCCUUCUCGGGGAACAGCGAGCGCUGAAGCAACCCAUCAAUGGAACUUAUCUGACGCAUCUCAUGUGGGGGAAAUCUUUUAAGGGCAUCACCGGGAACGUUACCAUUGAUUCCAACGGCGAUCGGAUCUCAGAUUAUUCGCUGCUGGAUCUCAAUCCGGAAACGGGAAUGUUUGAGAUAGUAGCAAACUACUUCCACGACGGAGGACUACAGUUCGUAGAGGGCAAAGAAAUUCACUGGUCUGGUGGCAGAACGAAAGCUCCCCCUGACAGACCGAUCUGUGGCUUUGACGGUUCUUUAUGUCCCGACAAGUCUCUUCCCGGUUACGCCAUACUCUCGCUGAUUCUGGGCCUAUGUGUCAUCUGCAUGGGUAUAGCGUCGUUCAUGGGCUAUCGCCACUAUAAACUCGAAGCGGAAAUCAACUCCAUGACAUGGAAAGUGCAAGCCAACGAGGUGCUUUCCUGCCACUCUAGUCAAGGCCAUCGGGGAAGUCUACACAUGAUGGCCAAACGUGGCAGUCAAGUUACUUUCUACUCCGAUGAGCUUAAUUCGCUACCUGGCGACCGACAGAUCUACAUCCAGCUUGGAUACUACAAAGGUUGCAAAGUUGCAAUCAAAAAGAUUAACAUUAACAAUCUGAACCUGAACCGCACGAUGAUGCUGGAGCUUAAGCGCAUGAAAGACAUCCAGCAUGAUCACCUAGUCCGAUUCUACGGCGCCUGUCUUGAUCCCAGCCCGGAUCCGUUCAUUCUGACCGAGUACUGUCCGAAGGGGUCCCUGCAGGAUAUCCUGGAAAAUGAAACCAUCAAGCUGGAUUGGAUGUUCAAGAUCUCACUAAUGCAUGACAUCGUCAAGGGUAUGGCAUUUCUACAUUCCACCGAGCUCCAUUCGCAUGGUUCACUCAAGUCGUCCAAUUGCGUUGUGGAUUCACGCUUCGUGCUGAAGAUAACCGAUUUUGGGCUGCAUCAGUUGCGCGGAUCGCUCGACGACCAGGAUCAGGAAAGCUAUGCCUAUUGGAAAAAACUGCUUUGGACCGCUCCGGAGCUUCUCAGGGAUCCUCACCGUGACCCGGCGGGAACGCAGAAGGGUGACGUCUACUCGUUUGGCAUCAUCGUUCACGAGAUCGUAUCAAGACAGGGGCCGUUCUACACCGGAGACGAUGAGAAAUCCCCAAAAGAAAUUAUAAAACUAGUCAUAAAUGGACCUGACGGUUACAAUCCCCCCUUCAGACCUAAAGUAGACGAGAUGUAUUAUGAGGACGUUAACAACAUAAUGGUUAAAUGCUGGUCCGAAGACCCGAUGGAACGGCUAGACUUUACCGUGCUGAAAACAAUUAUUAGGAAAAUCAACAAAGAAAACGAAUCUGGUAAUAUAUUAGAUAAUUUAUUACAACGUAUGGAGCAGUAUGCCAAUAACCUGGAGGCACUAGUGGAGGAGCGCACACAAGACUACUUCGAAGAGAAGCGCAAAUGUGAAGAGCUUCUGUACCAGCUGCUGCCGAGGUCCGUGGCAGCGCAGCUGAUAAUGGGCAAAUCUGUGAUAGCCGAAACCUAUGAUCAAGUAACUAUUUAUUUUAGUGAUAUUGUUGGUUUUACGUCCAUUUCCGCUCAAAGCACCCCGAUGCAGGUGGUAGACCUGCUCAACGAUCUCUACACCUGUUUCGAUUCCAUCGUGGAAAACUUCGACGUGUACAAGGUUGAAACCAUAGGUGACGCUUACAUGGUUGUGUCCGGAUUGCCCGUUCGCAACGGAAAUCUUCACGCUAGGGAAAUCUCUCGGCUGGCCCUCGCCCUGCUGGCCGCCGUGCAUAAAUUCACAAUCCGGCACAGACCGAACGAACAGCUCAAACUGCGAAUAGGUUUGCACAGUGGUCCAUGUGUAGCAGGUGUGGUAGGAUUGAAAAUGCCUCGUUACUGUCUCUUCGGUGACACCGUAAAUACGGCUUCACGGAUGGAGUCCAAUGGAGAACCACUUAAAAUCCACAUCAGUCAUACUACGAAAACUCUGCUGGACACUUUUGGCACAUUUGAAGUGACGGAGCGUGGUCUAGUUCCAAUGAAGGGCAAGGGCGAGAUGCUGACCUACUGGUUGAAUGGGGAAAGAACUGUUCCGAUGCAAACUGGCUUCAAGUCGAACAAAUUUUCUGACAACAACACUCUGGAAAGUGGGCCGCUUGCACUGCUGAACGGAACUCCACCCACCGGCAUUCUUAACAAUAAUAAUAACAGCAACAUGUACAGUCUGAAUAGUGCCGUUGGCGGUCCUAACAAAAAGCUCAACAAUGUCUCAUACAAUUUCAUAAAAUCGAGCAGCACUAAGAACAUGCUGAACUCUAAAGGUCGACGCAGUCUUGGGGGUGAGGACACGAUUAGAAGCGUGACGCAACCUUUGCUCACACAAAUCAAUUGAUAUUUACCAUUUCAUCGAGAGUAGAAACCGGCAGACCGACAGACUUUAUAUCAUAAAGAGUUGCAAAAUACAUACACAACCGUAACAUGUACCUUAUCAGCAAGAUUAGAUGAAGAACAACUUGAGAAUAGGAAAUGGAACAGGCAAUAAGAAUGGCUCUCCUCUUACAACAGAAUUGGCACACACGUGAUCGGUAAUCGAUUUUUUAAAGUCAGUACGAUAUAUACCAAAAUCUGUAUGAAAGUAUGCUAGAUCAUUCUUCGAAAGUUUAUGUACUUACUACACAUUUGUGAUCUAUUGCUUAGUCAUGUAACGAUACACUUGUAAGCUCUGAAUUUAGUGACGAUUUUUAGGUUUUUAUAUACAAUCAGAAUUUGUACUACUCCCUCAGAAAGUAAAACAUCGUAUGUGAGACAAACAAAAUCGACAAAUGUUGUAUGGAAUGAAAUUGAAGAGCAGCUUGAAGAAACAUAGAUGAUAACCGAAUUACUUGGUGAGAUUGUGAACGAGAUGCUGGUUCAGAUACAUAAAUGUUAAAUUGUAUAGAAAAAUACCUAUCGAAUAAAUUAAAGCAUGAGUA